GGUUAGGUGUCAUUGAUGUCAAUGGUCGGCGCCUAAUUGAACAGAAAUAAUGAUCCGGAUAGCUGCUCUCAAUGCAGCCUCUGCAGCUGCCGAUGAGUGGGGGGAUACCCUGAAGACCACCAAAAGCCGGACCAAGGAGGCACAGGAAGCUGAGGCCUUUGCACUGUAUCACAAAGCCUUGGACCUGCAGACGCAUGACAAGUUUGAAGAGUCUGCCAAGGCGUAUCAUGAGCUCCUCAAGACCCCACUUCUCAAAGAGGCACAGCCCUCUGAGAAUGAGAAGGUGGGGCUUAAGCACCCCGGGCUAAUGCUGAAGUACUCCACCUACAAGAACCUGGCCAGCCUGGCUAUGCAGAGAGAUGACCCGGAGACAGCCAUGGACCUCUACCUGGAGGCUGUGAUGCUAGACUCCACUGACGUGAACAUGUGGUAUAAGAUUGGCCAGGUGGCCCUGCGCCUGGUGCGGAUUCCCCUGGCCCGCCACGCCUUUGAAGAGGGCCUCCAUUGUAACCCUGACCACUGGCCUUGUCUGGACAACCUCAUCACUGUGCUCUACACAAUCAGCGACUACAGCUGCUGCCUGUACCACAUCUGCAAAGCCCUGGAGAAGGACCACUGCUACACUAAGGGCUUAGUACUAAAGGAGAAGAUCUUUCAGGAGCAGCCCUGUCUGAAGAGGGACUCCAUGAAAAUGUUCUCCAAAUGCCACAUGUCUGUGCAUUACGUGGACGUGGAUGAGGAGGAGGUGCAGGCCAUCGUGCAGGAGGCGCUGGAGCUGAGGAGGCGCCGGCAGGCUCUGAACGUCCGUGAGCCCAAGCCUGACCUGAUCCUGGUGCAGCCCAUCAAAUACUUCACGUGGAAGAGUCUCGGAGAGAGUCUGGUGUCCAUGUACCGGCACCAGACCACUUGUGACCCGCCGCGCCCGAGCCUCGGCCGCCGCAUCAACCUCUCCGAGUACCAGGACCUGGAGCGCUGCCUCCAGCGCACGCCACCGCUGCCUCUGCCUCCGCCUCUGCCCUUGCCGCCGCCUCCGGCGCUGCCUCUGUGCCAGGCUCCUGUGCAGCCGCCCACCCCGGGCAGUGAGCCGCAGGCCCUCUCCCAGCAGGGCAGCUGCAGCCCCAGCUCCUCGCAGCCCUCCAUGGCCGAGCAGCUGGCCACCCCGGGACCCGCGGCCCCUGGAGAGGCACCGACCCAGACACAGAUGCAGGCUGAGGGUCUGGCACAGACACAUGCACAGACACAUGCACAGACGCCGGCACAGACACAGGCACAGACGCAGGCACAGACACAGACAGAGCUCCCUCCACCUCCUCCUCUUCAGCCCACCAACCCUGCCCUCAUCCCCCAGAGCCAGAAUACGGUGGAGAUCAACACCACUGCUCCAGUAGGGGCCGAUCCUGUGCUGGGAGAUAAGGUCAAGAAAGCCCCCAAGAGGAAGCGGGUCGUAGAGGACAGUGGAGAGACCGCCAAGAGACGAUCAGCUCGAGUUCGGAACACCAAAUGCAAAAAGGAAGAAAAGAUCGAUUUUCAGGAGCUGUUGAUCAAAUUUCUUCCAUCAAGCCUGAGGAAAUUUGAUCCGGAGGAUGACGACGAAAGCCUGAGUAAUAUGGACGCCCAGUGUGACGCCAAAGCCAACAAAGAGCCUGGAGCCAGUGGAGCCCCCACUGAGUACAUCGGCUCUAUGGAGCAGGAGCGCCAGGAUGUCCACAGCUUCCUGCUCGGCAACAUGAGUAACGGCGGGAUUCUGGAGCUGCUGAUGCGCUACCUGAAGGCCAUGGGCCAGCGGUUUGUGGAGCCGUGGCCCGCGGGCCUGACCGCCGUGGUGCUGGACGUCUACCACUGCUGGAGGAAGCACAGCACCGGGCUGCCCAACCCGCUGCACAACGAGAGCAGCGACCAGCACCUCAGGGAGAUGAUGAUGAUGAGCUUGGCGUGUAUGGAACUACAGCUGGAGAAGUGGUCCCAGGCCAAGGGGAAGUUGGUGUCCCCCAGGAAGCACUCCCAGGGCCAGUCCAGUGAGGACGCGGAGCCAGAGUUCCCGGGGCAGCACCAGCAGUCCGACCUGCUGCUCAUGGCCCUGGCCUCCUCCCAGAGGGACGUCUUCGGGGACCACUGGUGGGGUUACGUGGUGCGGGUCUACUGGUACAAGGCCCGCUUCCUCACCCUGCAGGGCGAGAUGGACGAGGCCUUGGACAGCUACGACGUCUGCACAGGCAUUCUGAACAGCAAGCACCAGAGCGGCAGCGAGGACGACGACUUCACCAUCGUCCUGCCCAACCUGCGCGUGGACGCCACCAUCUCGCUGGAGGAGAUUGAUAAGAAGCUGAAGAGCCUCGAGCGCUGCCAGUCCCUGGAGGAGAUCCAGCGGCUGUACGAGUCCGGCGACUACGCGGCGGUGGUGCGGCUGCUGCAGCCCACGCUGGGUGGCGGGCCGGGUGCGGGCCGCGUCCAGCCCCUGGAGUUCAUCAGCUCCGCGCCAGAGAGGCCCACCCAGCUGCUGCUGCUACAGAAUUCCCUGCUGAAGCAGAAGGACUACAAGCAGUGUGUGGAAUGUUCCGAGGUGGCGCUGAACGAGGCGGUGCAGCAGCUCAACGACGUGCUGCCCAACUGCCCCUCCAGCAAGGAGGAGUGGGUGAGCACCGUCACCAAGCUGCUGGGGGGCAUCGACAGCUGCCUGAGCCAGGAGCCCCAGAUCCUCAGCAACCUGCCCCGCUCCGCCAACAUGGCCCGGCUCGCCAGCAACCUCAUCCAGCUGAUCGACUGCAGCAUGGCGUUGCCUGAGGACCCCAAGGAGCCCCACUUCUCGUCGGUGCUGCCCUGGAUCCUGCUGCACCACCUCAUCAAGCACGAGGAGGCGGCCUUCCACUGCACCGUGCACCGCCGCAUGUCUGUGGAGGACGAGGAAGAGGUGGAGACUCCCAUGCUGCCGUCGUCGCUGAUGCUGCUCAACACGGCGCACGAGUACCUGGGCCGCCGCUCCUGGUGCUGCAACUCCAACGGCGCUCUGCUCAAGUUCUACGUGUGUGUGCUGGAGAAGGAGGUGAAGGUGCUGCGGGCCAAUGAGGCGCACCCCUUUAAGGAGGAGCUGGAGAUGGCCCUGGAGCAGUGCUUCUACUGCCUGUACGCCUACCCCAGCAAGAAGAGCAAGCCCCGCUACCUGGAGGAGCACUCGGCACCGCAGGUGGAACUUCUGUGGAGCAACGCCCUCUUCAUGUUUGACUACUUCAAGCCCAAGACGCUGCCGGAGUUUGACAGCUACAAGACGAGCACGGUGUCCGCUGACCUCGCCAACCUGCUGCGCCGCCUCUCGGGCAUCGAGCCGCUCAGCGACGUGCCCACCCUGACCAUGGACGACGUCUCCGACUACAUCGACGGUGGCGGCGUGAAGGUGCCUGCCCUUCCAGAGGGCUCGCCUCCAGCGCCCCCACUGGUGAACGAGAUGUACUACCUCCUAGCGGAUUAUCAUUUCAAGAACAAGGAGCAGUCCAAAGCCAUCAAGUUUUACAUGCGCGACAUCUGUGUGUGUCCUAACCGGUUUGACUCGUGGGCGGGCAUGGCCUUGGCGCGGGCCAGCCGGAUCCAGGACAAGCUCAACUCCAACGAGCUGAAGAGCGACGGGCCCAUCUGGAAGCACUCGCUGGCCGUGCUCACCUGCUUCAAGCGGGCGCUCGAGAUCGACAGCUCCAACCUGGCGCUGUGGAUCGAGUACGGGACCAUGUCCUACGCCCUGCACUCCUUCGCUUCCCGCCAGCUCAAGCAGUGGAAGACCGAGCUGCCCCCAGACCUGGUCAAACAGAUGGAGGAGAGAAGGGACUCCAUGCUGGACACGGCCGCCAAGUGUUUCCAGGGCGCGUCCAGCUGCGAGGGUGACAGCGACGAGGAGGAGUGGCUCAUCCACUACAUGCUGGGCAAGAUCGCAGAGAAGCGCAGGCAGCCGCCCAACAACUACCUGCUGCUCUACAAGAAGUCGGCCCACUACCUCCACGAGGAGGCUGCCCGGUACCCCCGUAAGAUCCACUACCACAACCCCCCUGACCUGGCCAUGGAGGCCCUGGAGCUGCACUUCCGGCUCAGUGCCACCAUCCUGAAGCUGCUGGAGGACGAGAGGGCCCAGGAGCAGAAGGAGGGGGAGGAGGAGCUGGACUUCCAGCUGUUCUUCGGCAUGCUGGCCGAGGCCGCCGUGGGGCCGUUUGCCCGUGGGGAAGAGAAGAGCAUGCCCAAAACCAGCGACAAGGACAAGACCCUCUCCCUGAACGACGACGACUCCCGCUCCUCCAUGGGCACGGGCCUGCCGUCCUCCUCAUCGGUAGCGGCGGCAGCAGCAGCAGGGGUGACGGUGACCUCCUCCGCCGCAGCCGGUACCACCGCCACCACCGCCACCACCACCUCGCUCCCGUCCAGUGCGCAAGGUCUGACCUCACCGCCGUACACGGCCACUCCGGUGGAUCACGAUUACGCCAAACGUAAAAGCCAGAGGCAGAGGCAGGAGCAGCAACAGCAGCGGCAGCAGCAGCAGCAGCAGGGAGAUGCGCUGCAGUCUCAUGGCCAUGACUACUGCCUCUACGUGCCUACAGCGUUACAGAUGACGCCCGUCACUGACCACAGCCAGGACAGUGUGACCCAGCUGCUCUCAGACUCCAACUCCCUCCAGGACGUGUUCUUGGACCCCACCAGCUCCCAGGACAGCAGUCAGAAGGUGGACUCUGGGAAAUGUAGUACGUUCUCAGAGGACACAAACCCCCAGAUGAAGGAAGGGCCGGCCCUGGUUGAAGAUCCAGGUUCCCUCCAAGAGAAGCCCAUGGAGGUGAGGCCAACCCUGCCGUCGCAGGACGACACCACCACGCAGGAGUCCUCCGACACGCUGUCCGUCACCUCGCCGGAGACCUGCGGCCCCAAGCCUCCCGCCGAGCUCUUCGCCCAGACGCCCUCGACCCCCACCACCGCCACCGCCAUCGCCACCCCCGCCACCGCAGUCACGCCGACGUCUGCCGCCGCGCCCAAUCAGAAGCCGACGCAGACCACGCCGCCCACCCCGCCCAGCGAGAGCAAGCGUCGGGCGGAGCCGCCAGCGCCGCAGGAGCUCCCGGAGGUGCCCAAGAGCCUGCCCGCGGGCCGCACCGAACAGCACCACCUGCUGGUGGACCUGUCCAUCCGCGCGCUCUUCCUCUGCCUCGGCCGCUUCCCACAGCACUACAAGAGCCUGUACCGGCUGGCCUACCUCUACGCCAACAGCAAGACACACCGGGUGGAUGAGGAUGUGGCUCUGGACCAGGCUGUGAAGUUCUGCCAGAUCCAGAUGGCUGCAUCUGCACAAAGACAGAGUUCCGUUGACACCCCGGUCACCCCAAUCAGUAAGGAGCAGCGCGACAUCUUCUUCCCCAGCACCUUCCCCAGCGGUCCGCUGCACAGCCCUCACACGCCCACCCCCACACACACACACACCACCCCCGCGCUGGCCGGGCCACGACGGCCUGCCCACGGACGCCAGGCAGGGCAAAGUGCCCAGGCUGUGCCACUCUCACCCGCACCCCCACUCGCAUCCCACCACGCCGCCACUCUACUGCCCCGCCGCCUCCAGCCACCCAGGACCAGCCUCCUCCUCCUCCUCCGCAGCAGGGGGGCGCCACCCAGGAAGCCCAGCGCCAGCGCCAACCCCACGGUGGCAGACAUGGCCGCCAGCUUCCACCCCCACGCAGCAGAGGAGCGAGAGGACUGUGGCCCUGAGGGUCUGGCCUACAGGCAGCAGGAGUCGCACCUGUGCCAGCAGAUGAAGAUGGCCUCUGUGUCGCAGGCGCAGGACAUGGCCACUUGGGGCAGCGACGAGCCAGCCACCUGCAGCGCCUCACAAGCCACCACAGAGGACGUGUUUGUGUGCGGCGAUCAGCCCCAGCAGGGGGACUCCAGCCGCAUCCGUUCCCGGAUCCCCCCCAACAUGCCAAAGCUCUUCAUCCCGUCGGCCGUGACCAAGUUCCCGCCGGAGAUCACGGUGACGCCCCCCACGCCCACGCUGCUCUCGCCCAAGGGCAGCAUCUCCGAGGAGACCAAACAGAGGCUCAAGAAUGUGAUUCUGGCCUCUCAGUCUGCAGCUAAUGUGAAGAAGGACACUCUGGCCCAGCCGGCUCUGGAGGUGCAGGAGACGUCCAGCCAGGAGUCCUCUCUGGAGAGCGACACGGACGAGGAGGACGACUACAUGGACAUUUGAGUGGACGCACAGAUGGACACGUGGGUCAAAAAAGGACAGAUGUUCUCCUCUCUUCCUUCUCACCAGCCUCUGCUCACGGUCCUUCAAAGGCAAAGAGCUGACUUAGGCUGAUAUUCAGAGCCAAAAGCGCCACUCUAUGUAUGUGUGUGUGUGUGUGUGUGUGUGUGUGUGUGUGUGUGUGUGUGUGUGUGUGCGCAUCUCUCUCUCUCUGUAAUACACACACACUCACUCAUACACAGUCAUUCUCACUCUGUCUCACGGUCAUGCUUUGUCUUGUUCUCCUCCCUCUCAGUUCUCUUCUGUCCUUUCUCUCUCUCACUCCCCUCUUUCUUCUACAUGUCUCUCUGUACUUCCUACCCUCCGCGGGGACUUGAGCAAAUGCUACUUUUUUAACAGCACCUCAUCAUCAAUCUCAUCUGGGCCAAUUCAGUCCCAGACUGCAGCUGGGCUUGGCAGAGCCCAUCUGGCCUAGACUGAGCUUCAGCCCAUUCCACACUCUCAUUCUCUCUCUCUCUCUCUCUUUUUCUCUCUCUCUCUCUCUCUCUCUCUCUCUCUCUCUCUCUCUCUCUCCAUCUCUCUCUCUCUCUCUCUCUCUCUCUCCAUCUCUCUCUCUCUCUCUCUCUCUCUCUCUCUCUCUCUCUCAGCUGUGCAUGUUCUCUCUAGCACAAGGGCUUUCUCUUCUGCCAGUGUGUGUGGCAGCGCAUCUUGGCAUCUUGGCACGGCUGCGCUCUUGUUCAGUGCUGGUGCUCCUGUGAUGGCUGGGCAUGGAUUUGGAUUUGUGUUGUUGUUAUUUACUCUUGUUGUUGUCGUCGAUGUUGUUUAUAAUUACCGCUAUGAUUUCGUAGCUAUCCAGCAAAAAAAGAAAGUGCCAUUUUUACACUUCCCCGCCAACACAACCCCCCCAAAACCUCUCAGUGAAAUGAGGUGUUGGUGCUGAGGCGGAUGAGCGGAGCGGUCCAUGCGGUGGGUGAGUGGGGGUGCUCCUGAAACCUAUGCAGACGCAUGCUUCCCUCUGCUGCUCGCCAGUACAGGGCGCCCUGAUGGGGGGGGGGGGGAGUUACUGACCGAGUCGACGCGAUCGCGCUCAGACGUCAGAUUCCGAAUGUUUUCGUGCCCGAAAACAGCGGCUCUGUACCGUCUAGAAGAGCCGGAGCGCCAACAGGGCAGGGCGGACCCGUCUCAGUCUCAGCUCACGACUCACGUGGGCGUUAAGGCAGCUUGACCUUUCUUCACCUUCACCACGGUCAUCUCACCACGUUCCCAGGUGCUCCCAGGCGCCCGAGCGCGCUCCCAGGCGCCAUAUCAUUCCAGCUCGCGCUCGCUCACGUCCGCGCGUCUCCGAGCGUGUGUCCGAGCGCGUCGCGAGAGGGACCCUGUCGUCCAGGGGACGCGUCCAGCGGAGAGAGAGCCCCACACGAGCAGACACAGGCGGCCUCUUCUCUCACACCAACCUGUGCGGCCCUCUGCAGGUGAUAUCGGUUUACAUGUACUCUUGCAUUUCUACGGUUAUACACCUGUACUUUUGUUCAUUUUUGUUUUUGUUUUUUUUUUGUUUUUAAAAAAACACAUUUGUAAUUUUGUUGAAAUGCUUUUUUUCAUGCCGUUUUCUUUUCAGUCUGGCUCUGCAGUUGUCACUCCUCGGUGUGUUUUCUUGUGUCAUUGGAUGUUUUCAAGUUGUUUUCACACACACACACACACUCUGAAACUCCAGGGCUCGGACACCUUUGUACAUAUCAUCAUGGAAGCAUCUCAGUCAUGACUUGUAGCUGCCUCAGCUCGGCAGGAAAGAUUUAACAAAAAAACAAAUUCAAAUCAAACAAAUGCCCGACUGAUCUAUUUUGGAGAAUGUGGAAGAAUACGAAAUACACAACACUGACUAAACAAGCGUUAAGACAGCUGAAUGUUUUUUUACAGAUUGUUUUCUAAGAGAAGAUGGUUAUUCAUGGUAUUUUUCUGAAGAAAAAAAAAUAUCUAAGUAUACUUUUUUAAAAAAGAAAUAAAGACUUUCUAAAACAAUUGUCAUUGAAAAAAAAAGAUGUCAGCCAGUCAUUUCUGCCUAACUUGGAUGUUUGCAUUUUGUUUGUUUUUCGGCAAUGUAAGAUAUUGUUUUGUAUUCCGCGGCUGCGCUUCUCAAAGGGAUUUCCCAUGGCUGAGAGCAAUGGGGUUCAGCCUGAUUGUAAGGCUCUCAUUGCUAUGGCGAUGGGUUCAGGGCUGUGGUGGGAUUGGAUGUUAUAUUCUGAAUUUUGACUUGCUGCAUUAAAGUUGUCACAACCAAAAAUACACUUGAUAUACUUCUA